UAUCCAAUUUUCCCGCCAACUCCUGGAACCCUGAUCCAAAAUCGACAGGUAAGAGAAGAAAAGAAAACGCGUAAGGAGAAUCAGACGAGAAGAAAUUUUUACCCCGCCAUGAAAGUCCGUACAGUGAAGCUUCGGGAAGUCCAUAAGGCCAGCGGCAGCGGUGGCCACCCCUCCUUCUGCUCCAUCCUGUGGGACCACCAGGCUCACCAUCUUGUUACCGCCUCCUCUGCGGAUCCCACAAUCUCCGUUCACGACCCUCUGCUUCCUUCCUGUGCCCCAAAGAUUAUACGCGACCACCGUGAUGGCGUCACAGCUCUCGCACUCAGUCCUAACUCCACCUGCCUCGCCUCCGGAUCUGUGGAUCACUCCGUCAAACUCUAUAAGUUUCCAAGUGGACAACUUGAAACUAAUAUCACCAGAUUCACACUGCCAAUUCGUGUCCUUGCCUUUAAUAAAUCAGGGAGCAUGCUGGCAGUUGCUGGUGAUGAUGAGGGCAUCAAGCUUAUCAAUACAAUUGAUGGUUCAAUUGCCAGGGUUCUCAAAGGCCAUAGAGAGACUGUCACUGGCCUGGCUUUUGAUCCAAAUAGUGAAUAUUUGGCUUCAAUUGAUUCAAGAGGAACUGUCAUAUACUGGGAACUCCAAUCUGGAAUCAUGUUACAUACCCUUCAGUGCAAAGCUCCUAAUACUAGUUCUAACCUUUCCACCAUGAAUGUACUUAGCUGGAGUCCUGAUGGAGAGAUUUUAGCUGUCCCUGGUGUGGACAACAACGUGGUGAUGUACGAUAGAGACACAGCUGAAAAGCUUUUUGAAUUGAAAGGCGAACAUAUAAAACCCGUAUGUUUCUUGUCUUGGUCACCCAAUGGCAAAUACAUGGCCACUUCUAGUUUGGAUAGGCAGGUUCUGAUUUGGGAUGUUGAUAAGAAGCAGGACAUUGAUAGGCAAAAAUUUGAUGACAUCUUAUGCUGUAUGGCAUGGAAGCCAAUUGGUAAUGCAUUGGCUGUUAUUGAUGUUACCGGAAAGUAUGGUGUGUGGGAAUCAGUGGUUCCUUCCUCAAUGAAAUCCCCAACAGAAAAUAUUCCAAAUUCUCAAUCAAAGAAAAGCAGUGGGUUCCUUUUAUUUGAUGAGGAGGAGCAGGAACCUAGUGUAUCUGGCAAUUUAAGUGACCUUGGUGAAUCUGAGCCAUCUAGCCGGAAGAGAUCCCGAAAGCCAUCAGUAUUCGAAGAAGAUAAUGAUGAAGAUGUUGACAAUGGAUGGAGCCUGCUUCCGAAGACUGAAUCCCUGAGGAAAUCACGUGUCAGCAAAGAAAGCUUGGACAAUGGACCCGGGAGACUCAGAAGUGACAUGCAGGAAUCUUUUCAGCCAGGUGCAACUCCUGUACAGCCAGGAAAAAGGCGCUUUUUGUGCUACAAUAUGCUCGGAAGUAUCACCACAGUUGAACAAGAUGGAUACUCCCACAUAGAAAUAGAUUUUCAUGAUACUGGCAGAGGUCCACGAGUUCCAUCCAUGACAGACUAUUUUGGUUUCACUAUGGCUUCAUUGAAUGAAAGUGGAAGUGUAUUUGCAAAUCCUUGCAAGGGUGAGAAUAGUAUGAGUACUCUCAUGUAUAAGCCCUUCAGCAGCUGGGCAAAUAACAGUGAGUGGUCUAUGCGAUUUGAAGGAGAAGAAGUGAAGGCUGUUGCACUUGGUACAGCUUGGGUGGCUGCAGUUACUAGUCUAAAUUUUCUUCGAAUAUAUACUGAUGGUGGUUUACAGAGAGAUAUUCUUUGCCUUGAUGGUCCGGUGGUGACUGCAUCAGGCUUCAAAGAUGAACUUGCAGUUGUUACUCAUCUUUCUGACUGUGCUUCCUCAAGUGAUCAGAUGCUAGAGUUCAGAGUAUUGAAUAUAUCUAGAGGGACCCAGCCAUUUAAAGGACGCCUUCCAUUGACUCCAGGUUCAUGUCUAUCCUGGUUUGGCUUUAGUGAAGAAGGGCAAUUAAGUUCUUAUGAUUCCAAGGGUGUGUUAAUGGUCUUUACAAGCCAAUAUGGUGGUACUUGGCUGCCAGUCUUCAGCAGUGGUAGCAGAGACAAGUCAGAUGAAAACUACUGGAUGGUUGGCUUGAAUGCACAAAAGUUGUUCUGUAUUGUUUGUAAAAAGCCUGACUUAUUUCCACAGGUGGUGCCCAAACCGGUUCUCAGUCUAUUGGAUCUUUCCGUUCCUCUUGCCUCAUCUGAUUUGGGAAAAGAAACCCUUGAAAAUGAGUUUGUGUUGAACAAUAUGCGACUCUCACAGAUCCAAGGAAAAAUCAAAGAAAUGGAAGUGGAGGGUAUGGAUACCACUACACUUGUUGAUGAGGCUUUCGACAUGGAAGUGGCUCAAGAUAGAUGCAUCUUGAAACUUAUUGGAUGUUGUUGCACAGGUGAUAAGUUAGAGAGAGCUGCUGAACUUGCUAAGCUUUUGUCCCUGGAUAGUCAUCUGGAAGGUGCAAUAAAACUUGCUACGCGUCUGAAACUUCCUAAAUUGGCCGAGGAGUUCAACAACAUACUCGAGGAAAGGUUGCUCAACAAGUCCAAGGGGCCUCUACCUACACCACUUCCAAACCCGAAUGGCAAUGUAAACACAGCAGCCGACGUUGCAGUCAGUAAAACCACAUCAUCCGAAAGAAGCAAAAAAGCUGAACCACCUACUCCAUCAGUGUCACCUAAAUUAUCAGCCCCACUGUUUGUAAGGAAAGGCAUUAAACCUGUCAAGGAAAAUGGCUGUCAAAACAGAAGUGCAGACGGGGAGGGCAGCAAAGAUGUCAACGAAAUAGAGAAGGUGGCGGGAGACAUGAGUGGUGUAGAAGAAGUAAAAAAAGUCAGCAAUCCAUUUUUAAAGUCUUCUAGCAGUGAAGAGAAGGCAAAGAAGUCAGUAGAGAUAAACCAGGUCAAAGCUCAACGCCCCUCUAAUCCAUUUUUGAAAUCAUCCGUCAAGUGAAGUGUAGCUUGGGUUGUUUUGCUUAUGAAUUAAUUUAAGCCAGAAGAGAAAAAGAAGAGAGGAACAAACAUAGUUGUACAGUGCUGUGGUACUAGAAGCAAAAGCAAUUAUGGUCUAUUUGAGAAAUGUAAGCAGGACUUUAAUUCGCAACUCCCACUCAUAAGAGUAACAUUCUAAGAGA